UAUGAGCCGGUGUAGGCGAUAUUGUUUUGAUUAAGCUCCAGUAUUUUGAUAGCGCUGCGAUAAACUGCUACUUGCAAGUGAAAAUAAUUUGGAAUUUCCAAAAAAUUAUAGGUGUAAAUGCAUUAUACGGCUACAAUAGCUUUUAAUCGCUCAAAAUGGUGUAUAUAGCUACGUUGGAUGUUGGCACUACAACAGUGCGUUGUUUUAUUACAAAUGAUAAAUGUGAGGUUCUCGGUUCCGCAACUGAAAGGGUUGAUUUGCUGAACCCUCAACCGGGCCACUUUGAAAUCGAGCCAGAGUCGUUAUGGGCAAAGAUCGUCGCAGUAAUUAAUAAGGCAGUGAGACAAGCCCAUUUGAGGCCCUGCGACAUUAAUUCUUUUGGCUUAUCGACACAACGCUGCACAUUCCUUACUUGGAAUCAUGAAACUCAGGAAUACUAUCAUAACUUCAUUACAUGGAAGGAUUUACGCGCAAAUGCUUUGGUCGCCCAAUGGAAUAAUGGACUUGUGAUUAAGACAUUAAAUUCAGUUUCCUAUGCACUCUAUCUAGUUACGCGAAGCAAUCGAUUUUUGGCAGCGAGUGUUUUGAAAAUGAUGAAUUCACAGGUCUCAACACGACUGCUGCAUGAGGUACAGACCAACACACGCCUACAGCAGGCAUUGAAGCGAAAUGAAGCACGCGUCGAACUAUUGGAUUCCUGGAUACUCUAUAAAUUGCGAUCGGGAAACGGACUGCAAACAAAUAUCGACCAUAUCACCGAUAUAACUUCAGCAACAGCCACGGGCCUAUAUGAUCCGUUUACGCUUUGCUGGUCGCCACUUGGGAAAUUACUCUCCGGAAUUGAGUCUGGCUUACUACCUAAAGUUGUGGACAAUGGUUACACAGAUUUUGGACACAUACAUCCGAAUGCUUUGGGACCGGAGUGGCAUAACUCUUGCGUAGCUAUCAGGGCCUCCAUCAGUGAUCAAACGGCCGCCAUGUGGGGCUCACAAUGUUUUGAACGCGGCGAUGUAAAGAUAACAUUGGGCACGGGCGCUUUUCUCAAUCUAAUCACGGGAAGUACUUGUCAUGCCUCGAUUAUGGGCAUGUAUCCGUUGGUCGCUUGGCAAUUCAGAAACGCGAAAGCACAAGCACGCACUGUUUACUGUGUUGAAGGCGCAUCACACGACAUCGGCACCGUGAUAGAAUGGGCAAGACAAUGCGGCUUCUUUAACGAUCCAAUGGAAACCUCAGCUAUGGCGCAAACAGUUCCCGACACGAAUGGUGUUUAUUUUAUACCCGCUUUCAGCGGUUUGGGCCCUCCUAUUAACAAUCCAAGGGCGGCGACAGGUUUUAUUGGCAUUACACUGUCCACGACGCGUGCACAUUUGGUGCGCGCCAUAUUGGAGAGUAUUGUAUUCCGAAUUGUUCAAUUAUGUGAAACUGUGGAAACGGAAAGCAAAUACACUUUGAAACUGCUGAGAGUCGAUGGCGGUGUAUCACGUAAUGACUUUGUUUGUCAACAUUUAGCAGAUGCUACAGGGAUACGCGUUGAACGCGCCACCUCAAUUGAAUCCAGUAUAUUGGGCGCAAUCUAUAUGGUAGGCUACAAUAUGGGUCUUUGGAAUAGUUUUCGAAAUCUGCACAAAUUCCGUCAAAUCGAACGUACUUUUGAACCACGCGCGCAAAACUAUUUGCCAAUUAGAGAACGUAUGGCAGAUUGGAUGAAAGCAGUAAAAAGAUUUGAAAAUUGGUAUUGAGAAAUAGAAAUAAAAUGUAGAAGUUAAGAGAAA